UGUAACAGUAACUAAACGCACGGACAACGGAACGCAAUCGGUUCUCGAAUAAGAAAGUAUUUUCGGAAUUCCAGCAGUACGAAAUAUUUGAAAUAACACAAAAAAAAUGUCCAUGGUUCCAAUGUCCUUCCCCGGCUGGUGGGACGGCAGCUGGUGGAACGGAUUCGAUCAGCGCAGUGAAAUUUUCAACGAACGCAUCUUCUACCCGCCAAUGCUUCCGCCGAUGCCGAUGCGGCCACUGUUAUUUCCCCGACCGUGGACCAACCUCGGCCCGAUGCCAUUCAAAACUGGACUAACGAUUGCGAAUAAGGACGACCUUCAGAUCAGUCUCGAUGUGCAGCUGUUUAGUCCCAGUGAGAUCACCGUUCAAACCGUGGAUAACACCGUCAUCGUGGAAGCCAAACACAAGGAAAAACCGGAUGAGCAUGGCUUCGUUUCACGGCAUUUCAUGCGACGUUAUGUGCUACCGAGUGGCCACGAUCCGAAGGAUGUCGUCUCGAGCCUGUCCUUUGACGGAGUGCUGACCAUAACGGCACCCAGGAAGGCACCUCCCCCACCGAAUCCCGCGAAAGUGAGAACGAUACCAAUUACGCAAACGGGCGAAAAUUCAAAAUGAUGCUGCGGUGGUAAUCGAGUUUACGAGUUUAGUUUCGCGAUGGGGAAGAAAACAAGAACAAAAGAACUGCAAUCAACCAUGACUUUCGUGAUACAUAAUGCUUUAAAGUGUUGGUUACUGUUGAACACUCUGAGAAAAUUGUUUUUUCAUUUCCAGAAUAUAUUUUCGUUUAAUCACUUGUUCCACCGAAGUGUGAGUAAAUAGAAACUGAACUGUGUUCUUGUUUUUACUCUACUAGUUAUGAAUGAAUCAAUUACCAUACGCAAAAAAGGUUUGAAUAAACAAAAACACUUCAUUCGU